AUGGCUACUCACCUGGGUUUGAUUGAGAGCCAUGCCACGAAAAUUUAUAGUGCAGAGAUUUGCAAAGAAGUCAAAGAUGAAAUAACAAAGGUUGUAUCAUUGAUUGUUAAGGCAAAAUUAGGUCGCAACGGAUUUAAGACUUAUAAACUUACAAAAUAUUGUCAUGAAAACUAUGAAAAAGAGGUUGUGUAUGAUGGUGACACACUUCAAUAUGAGUGUAAGUUAUGGGAUUCUUGUGGGAUUCCAUGUUCUCAUAUGUUUUAUGUCAUGAAGGAAGAACAUGUUGAUCGCAUUCCCACCACUUUGAUUUUGACCAGAUGGAUGAAGGAUGCAAAAAUUCAAUAUUUAAACAUGAAUUGUAAUGGUAAUGUUGAUUCUAAUAUGAUUGAGCAAGCUCGGUUUAGUGCAUAUUGUUAUGCAUUUACUACUUUUUACAAAGAAGGUUCAAAAAAGGAAGGUGUUUAUGGGGAAAUAAUGGAUGACAUUCUGAAUUUACAAAAAAAGUAUUGCAGUAUAGACGAUCCUAUUUAG